AAUGAUGGAUGGCAGACAUUCAGGUGGUAACAAGGGGAGAGGGAAUCAGAGGCGAGGUGGUGGGGGACGCAGAAAUUAUAGAGAUCAAAGACCGAGGAAUACAAAGGAACAACUUUCUCAGAGGGAGUCGAGAGACGCACCAACACCGCCACCCAAACAUACCAAAAACAAAGAGCAGUCAUCAGAAAUGCUGCACAAGAAAAGUGAAAGAUUACUAACUGAACCAGGACCAACAUACAAUCUCAUUGUUUAUAAACCAUUCGAAGGAGAGAUAAAUUUCUUAGAAUACUUAAAAAAGAAAGGCCUGCCAUCACUAUUCAAAUUUAAUAUUGAAUCUUUCACAGUAAAUCCUAAAGGAUUAUCAACUUCCGUUUGGGUUCAUUUCCCAAGCAACAAUGCCUAUAGACAGUUUCAGUUGUGGAUGCAACAGACCAAAAAUCUAGGUUUUGUGCACCGUUUUCAAAGAGAAGAAGUUGCAAAAGUAAGUAAAGAAUUUAUUGAUAAGAAUCUACAGAAUAUUCAGGAACGAAGUAACCAUAUAAUGGGAAUGCAUCAAGAAAAAAUUAAGGAAACCAAACAAGAAUUAUCAGAUUUUCUUGGAACAAAGAAACCCAAGAAAAAGACAAACUAUGUUCCCCUUUCUGAAUUUGAACGGAGAGAAAUGCAGACAAAAACACUUGAAAGCAAAAUUUCUGAACUUGAAAAUCAACUUAUCGAGUUUGAAAGUUCUGUAGAAGAUAUCAAAAGACGAUUAAAAGAGUUUGAAGGAGGUACUGUAAGACAAGACCACAUCGACCAACUGCUAAGAGAAUUUGAAAUAGAGUAUUCAAGGCUAGAGCAAGCACUACCAAUUUAUGCUAAACGUUCAGAAAUAGUCAAUUCUGUUUCACAAAAUCAAGUAUGCAUCCUUCUUGGAGAAACAGGGUCCGGGAAAAGCACACAAUUAACACAGUAUCUUUUGCAUUCUAAACUGCCUUCCAAUGGCCGUAUUGUUUGCACACAGCCUAGAAAAGUAGCAGCUGCAAGUCUUGCUCAGCGGGUCGCAAUUGAAAUGAAGUCUACUGUGGCAGAUAUAGUAGGCUAUCAAUGUGGAAUUCAGAAGAAAGUUUCAGACCAGACAAAAGUUGUUUACAUGACUGACCAUACACUGUUAAAUGAAUGCAUCAAAGAUCCUUUGUUAAAUAAUUACUCCUGCAUUAUUAUUGAUGAGGCACAUGAGAGAAGCAUAUACACAGACCUUUUACUCGGUAUGAUAAAAAAGUGUUUACCUCGGAGACAAGACAUACGCAUCAUCGUUACGUCUGCAACAAUUGAUCCAGAACUUUUUGUUCGAUAUUUUAAAGACUGUCCAGUGAUAAAAGUACUUGGCAGAAUGUAUCCUGUCGAUGUGGAAUGGGAAACUUUCUCUGGAGAUGAUGACUUGGAAGAAUAUGAAAGAAAAGGAAUUGAAAAGACGUUGGAAAUCCAUGACAAGGAACCCCCUGGUGACAUUCUACUUUUUCUCACAGGUCAGCUGGAAAUCGAGAAUUGUAUAGAAAGACUACAAUGGGAACUCAAGAGUAGAACUGAUCACUUGAUAUUGCCACUUCAUGGUAAACUUCAAACAGAAGAACAGAAUGAAAUAUUCAAAGAAACGCCACCGGGUAAAAGAAAAAUUGUUAUUUCCACUAAUGUGGCAGAAACUUCUGUAACAAUUCCUGGAGUGAAGUAUGUGAUUGACACUGGGCUUGCAAAAGAAAUGAAAUAUGAUCCAGACAAAAAAGUUAACUCCUUAAAGGUUGUUAGAAUAACAAAAAGUUCUGCUGAUCAAAGAAAAGGAAGAGCAGGGAGAACGGCUGCUGGGAAAUGCUAUCGAUUUUAUUCCAAAGAAGCAUAUGACAACAUGACAGCAUCUUCUACUCCAGAGAUUUUGAGGAUUCAUAUCGGUCAUGCCAUUCUGAAAUUGCUGCAACUAAAUGUGAACCCUCUUGAUUUUGAUUUUGUCGAGGCACCUCCAAGUAAUUCGAUGGAAACAGCCUUUCAGCAAUUGGUUAAUCUUGCAGCAGUUAAAAAUGAAAAAAUUACUGAUCUAGGGCGCUGGAUAGCACAGCUUCCCUUGGAGCCUAAUUUGGGAGUUUUUGUUCAUGAUGCAAUUGAGAUGAACGUAGGCAUGGACGCUAUCAUUAUUGCAGCAUCAUGCACAGUGAGUGGGAAUUUGUUUUACAGAGCUGGAACAAAAGAACAGAAAGAUAAAUGUGACAAAUUAAAAAUUCCUUUCUGCCAUAUUAAAGGAGAUCAUUUCACAUUUUUAAAUGUCUUUAAGGAAUGGCAUUGCAUUCCUGAGAAGGAGAAAAGUAAGUGGUGUUUGGUAAAUUCCAUCAAUGGAAGGGCCAUGAGAAGCAUACGAGACACUGUAAACGAGAUCAGAUUCAUCUUGAAAAAUUACAUGAAUAUUACAAUAAAGUUUGAAUUGAAAGAUAAAGAUAGUAUAAGUAAAGAUAGAAAUGAGAGAACAUUACAAAAGCUUUUAUUUAAGGCUUUUCGUAGUAAUCUUUCUUACUUCCUUGGACAUGAAAAGGCUGGAUAUUAUUCCAUUGAUAAAGACCAGCAAAUGACUGUUCAUCCUUCUGCAUCUUUCCAGUCUCUUGCAUUAUUUCCAAAAUGGGUUCUAAUCGAGAAAGUUUUGAACACUUCUCGAGAAUUUGCUGUUAAUAUAACAGAAGUGAACGAAGACGACGUACAGGAAGCCUUAAAAAGAAAUGAAAUAAAUUUUGAUAUGUCGGGAAUAGAAAGGAAAAGAAUUGAACCAAUUUAUACAGAAUACAUUGGAUCACAAGUUCACUACAAAUUUGUGGGCCCAAGAUGGAAGCAUGCAAAAGACUUAGAAACCAAACUUAAAAAAGUAAAUACAGAUUCAAUUUUUGUAAUUGAUGCAGACAGAGACAAGGGUGAAGUUUCAAUUUAUGCACCUGCAGAUAAGGAUGAAGUGGCAACAGAAACACUGAAGAUGGAACUUGAUCCGAUAAGAGAAAAUAUAAGGAAGGAGAAGGUUAUUAUUCCUAUCUUUCCAAGGUGUUAUAAUGUUAAACUGUCCAUUGGACCAGGUGGAUUAAUACAAGACCUGUUGUGUGAAGAUGAUUAUAACAAUGUUUAUGUAUACUGCUCAGAAGAUGAAUUUGAAUCUGAUGAAGAAUUGGUGGAAUGGAUGAAACAGUUUGGUGAAAUUCAAAAGUUUCAAAAGAAAUCUCCAGCAAAUACCAAUCAAAGAUAUCGUGGUGAAGUAGUGUUUGAGAAUAGCGAAUCUGCGAAGAAGGCAGUUACAGAAUUACGUGACAGUACAUCAAAAAUUCACAUAAAACCCCCAGGUUGGAAAACAGACGAUUCUGAUGCAUUCAAAGCUAAAAUAAUGUGGUGUCGCAGACAAUCCCGAGGAUUUGGGUUCCUGCAAAUUAUGAAUUCAGAAACAUUGGAAACCGUUUUGACUUUAAGCUCCUGGACACAAGUUUCAGUUGGUGGAUCAAAUGUGAGUAUUAGUCGUAGUAGAGAGAAUGCUGACCAAUUGUGUGUUCAAGGCUUCAGUCGUCUUGUCAAUGAAGACAUUCUCAGAGAAGGAAUAGUGGAGGCCUUCAAUAUACCAGAGAAUGAGAUCGGAAAAACUUUUGUUCCACGUGAGAAAGUAUUUACAACUAGGGAAAUAAUGGACAUACAUAAGCGAAGAAUCGAACGGCAUAUUGCACAAUUCUUGAAUCCAAACAAGUUCAAUGUUCAUCUAAGAGAACCCAGACAGCUAGAUUAUAACUUCAGUGGUUUUAUCACCUUCACUGACCCCGAACAAGGCAAUGAAGUCUGCGCUAAUUUGCAAAGCAGAAACCAAUUGUGGAUCAGUGACACAGUAGUUACUGUUAUUCCAGAAAUUCACACUCGUUUAUAUGUACUGGAACGGGUAUUCAAGCGGGUUAGUAAAGAUAUCAAAGAUUUUUGUGCUGAAGCUAAGAAAGAUCGAGUAACUGUUGAUAUAAAGCAGAAUACAACUGGUAACUAUAUUCUGAAUAUAGAGGCAGAAAGCGUAGACAACAUGAUUAAGACGAGAGACACUAUACAAAAUCUUCUUCAAGGUCAAAUCUUGAAAAUGGAAGAUAAUCCAUCUAUAAGAUGUAUGUUCACAAGGGAGGGACGGAGCAAAGUUGACAAAAUCAUGGAGGAAACUCACACUCUCGUAAUUUUGAACGACAGAAAUACGACUAUUUCUGUUCAUGGCAAAGAGAAUGAUCGGGCUUUGGCAAUUUCAAAAAUUCAAAAUUACACAGAAAAACUGGCCUCCUCAAAGGUGAGGUGGAUCGAUCUGAAGGGUGAAACCAAGCCUCCUGGAUUGAUGAAACGAAUUAUCCUGAUGUAUGGUGUAGACCUGCAGGGUUUGAAAGAUGAAUCUGAUUUAUCCAGCGCAGAACUUGACCAUAGAAGACACAAGAUAAAAAUGUUAGGUUCCGAUGAAGCAAUACAAUCGGCAGUUGAUGAAAUUGGAAUUCUUACGAAAAAGCUGUUAAAAGACAACCAAUACCAAAUACCAUCAACUGACCCAGAUUGUGGAAUUUGUCUCUGGCCAAUAACUGAUUGUGAUCUAUACCGACUAGAAUCUUGUGGUCAUGCAUACUGUAGAGAUUGUGUGAGGUUGCAUUUGAAUUCUGCUAUAAGUACAAAAGAGUUUCCUUUACGUUGCUGUUAUGAGGAUUGUGAUAUGCUCUGGGCUUGGAGUGAUAUAAAAAACAUGAAGAAAUUCGGCUUCUGUACCAUUCAAACUUUGAUAGAUGCCUCAGUCGCUUGUUACGUCGCCCAGAAUAAAGAUAAAGCAAGAUACUGCAUUACACCUGAUUGUCAAAUGGUGUACAAGGUCAGCCAGGGAGGAAGUAGAUUUGUCUGCUUUCUCUGUCAUACAGCAUUAUGUAGCAAGUGCCACGUGGAAUACCACACGGGUAAAUCCUGUGCUGUGUUUGAAAAAGAAAAGCAGCUAGACGAAACUGGCUUUGGAGAAUGGAUAAGUCGUGAUACCUCAAACAGAGAUCUUUGUCCAAAAUGCUACAUAGGUAUAGAGAAAUAUUACGGCUGUCAGCAUAUGAAAUGUUUGCUAUGUAAAUGUCAUAUUUGUUGGAUAUGCAAAGCUUAUUUUGAAACAAGUGAUGAAUGUUAUUGUCAUAUGUCUCAAAGUCAUGGCAAAUUUAUAUAG